AUGAAUACAUUGAAUUUGAUAGUCCUCAAGGCCCAUGUAUUGGAGUUGUUCCCUAAAGAGGGCCAUGCAUUCCCAGUGACUGCUCCCAAGCGUGCUGACUCGCAGAAGGCUCUUCAGUCGACAGCAGCCUUCUUCAGGAACGCCUUAAAUACCAGCAAACUCGACUGA